AUGGGCAUCUUUGAUCAUCCCAAAGCGUUCUCAUCACCGCCAACAGUUCCACAAGGAAAGAAUGCAACGACAACGACCGCGACACCCACGACGACCGCAGCACCGACGACGACUGCGGCACCAACGACGACUGAGACCUCGACGACGACCGAGAAGCAGGGAGUUUGCGGCAGAAGCUUCCCGCUGGAAUCUGAAGAGGCAAAAGGACAAGAACCGGCAGUCGCAUCCAUCGUGGGAGGCGAGGAUGCCCAGAGAGGAGAAUUCCCUUUCGUCGCCUCGCUGAAGAAAUCCGGGAAACGCUCGCGUCACUUCUGCGGGGGAUCUCUGGUCGACGCCAAUCACGUCCUCACCGCCGCUCACUGCGUCUCAUCCUACACCCCGAGGCAAUUGCUGGUCGAGGUGAAAGAGCACAACCUGAAUCGACGCGAGGCUCCCCCUUCCCUCUCCUUCCGCGUCUCAAAGAUCCGCGUUCACGAGGAUUUCGAUCCGUCGGACCUGAGCAACGACGUCGCCGUGCUCACCUUGAAUCGGUCGGUGGAAUUCGAUCGAUUCGUCCAGCCGAUCUGCUUCCCCGUGUCCAAAGACGAUUCCGUUGCUGCCGCGUCCGUUGCCGGAUGGGGACGCAUGAGAGAAGGCGAGAAUUCACUUUGGUGCCGAUUUGCAGGAGGAGGACUGGCAUCCGUGCUCCAGAAAGUCACCGUUCCCAUAGUGGACAACGAAAGGUGCUCGAAGCUGCUGAAAGGCUACUUUCGGAUCAAAGACGGUCAAUUCUGCGCCGGCAUUCUCAAAGGAGGCAAAGAUUCCUGUCAGGGAGACAGCGGGGGACCGAUGUUCGUGCGAGAAGGAGGCGCGUAUCGGCUGAUCGGUCUCGUAUCGGCAGGAAUCGGCUGUGCCAGGCCCAAUCUCCCCGGCGUCUACACGAGGGUCCGUCACUAUCUCCCUUGGAUCACGGAUGCGAUCUCGGAAUGA